GGCGUCGGAUUUUCCAAGGGAAUAUGAUGGCGCCUGCCUUCAGAUGAGAAUGUCAUAUAGUCCUGCUGCUCACUUGUUCCUAUUCCUAGUGCAGUGGACAGACUGCCAUCUUGCAGGAGCCCUGGGACUGCUGAGGAUUUUAAUUUACAAGGUGUACGUGGAUGGCACGACCACGAUGUCCACCCACGAGAGAAAAGCAAGCAUCAGGGAAUUCUAUGCUGUUAUUUACCCCUCUCUAUUGCAACUUGAGAGAGGUGUUACCGAUACUGAGGAUAAAAAGCAGAAGGCAGUCUGCAUGGAAAGAUACCGAAGAAGAGACGACGAUGAACAUAUACAGUGUUCAGAUGCGGACAUUGAACGAGAAGAAGAAUGUGGAAUAUGCAUGGAGACUACUAGUAAGGUUGUGUUGCCCAACUGCAACCAUGCCUUGUGCUUGAAAUGUUACCGUGAAUGGAGAACACGUUCACAGUCUUGCCCAUUCUGUCGUGACAGUCUCAAGAGAGUAAACUCUGGCGAUCUCUGGGUAUUCACUGAUAACAGGGACAUCGUGGACAUGGCGACAGUGUCACGAGAGAAUCUCAGAAGGCUUUUCAUGUACAUAGAGAAACUGCCUCUGGUUGUUCCAGAUUCCCUUUUCGACGCCUACGAUACGCACCUAAGAUAAGCGAUCGGUACAUACAGUAAAUCUAAUGUCACUAUUUAAGUAGUUUUUUUUUUCUCCAAAUGAAGAGUCCUUUUGGGAUGAUAUGACAUGACAGAAGGACUGAAAUUCAUUCGGCUAAAAAAAAAUAGUUAAAAUGUUAGAGAAGACCAGCAGCUGUUUCUUCCCACUUCCAUUUCUGAGUGAAAAAAAACCAGUCUGUGAGUUAUUGUAUGACUGGUGUGGGGUGGUGAAGUUGAUAUAUAGUUUGAUUUGAAGUCUUCCAUGAAAAAAAAAUUGUAUUUAACACAUUUGUAUAUGUUUGUACAUUCUUGAUGUUAUCUAUGAAAUGCUUUGUUUUCAUUU